UAUUCCCUCCUCCAACAUAACCCCACUCAUGUUUCCUGAUAUGGAGUGAUGGUAAUAAGAAAAACACAGAGGAACAAGAAAAUGAGCCGAGACUAUAAAAUUCGCCUCACUUGUGCCAACAAAUCCAACGAUAUCUUAAAUUAAAACCCUUUUUUCCACUUCUUCUUCUUCUGCUGCUGCUGCUGCUGCUGCUGCUCUAUGUGUUAAUGGCAAUGGAGAGUGAUCAGAGAGCAAGCAUGAAUCUGGUGCUGUCUACUGAUGCAAAACCCAGAUUGAAAUGGACUUCUGAACUUCAUCACAUGUUCGUCGAGGCUGUCUGUCAGCUCGGAGGACCAGAAAAAGCGACGCCGAAGGGGUUGAUGAAGGUGAUGGGGAUUCCUGGGCUUACGCUGUACCAUCUCAAGAGCCAUUUACAGAAAUAUCGGCUUGGAAAGAGCCAGCAACCCGAUGGGAGCUGCGUCGUUGAUAAUAAGCAAGAAGCAGUUGCAUCGUCCUCGGAGGAAGAACGACUAGUUCAGAGCAGCGGAAACGAUCAUGAAAAUGUGAAAGGCAGUGAAAUACAUGACGAAAGCAAGCAGAUGGCGGAUGCUCUACAAAUGCAGAUGGAAGUUCAGAAAAAGCUGCACGAACAGAUUGAAGUUCAGAGGCAUUUGCAGGUAAGGAUAGAGGCACAAGGGAAGUAUCUACAGUCCGUGUUGGAGAAAGCUCGAGAAACAUUAGCCGGUUACACUUCCUCGAAUCUUGGCCUAGAUUUCGCCAGAGCCGAACUCUCUAAAUUAGCAUCAAUGGUGAACAGAGGUUGCCCUAGUUCUUCCUUCUCAGAUAUAACAGAAGCUGAAGGAGAAGGAGAAAGAGGUUUCUUGGAUCACAAGAAACCAGAAAACGCAGGAUCUCAGACAAGGUGUUCGGCCGAAAGCUCGAUGACAUCGUCGGAGAGCACAGACACGAAAUCAGACAACUACGAGAUCGUCACGAGGAGAUCGAUCGAGCUUCCAUUAAUGGAGACCAAACCAGAAGCGUUGAACAGAAAGAAGAGGACCCUAAACGACGACGCUCACGUGGAACAGCCGCCGAGAGGGAAGAGAGCCUUUGAAGGCGAACACUUGAGAUUGAGUUUGAGCUAGUUACAACAAGAAAGACAUGGAAAAUUUGUCCGAACGUAGAAUUUAGAGACCUGAACCACGAAAGAAUCUUGGGUUUUUCUUAGAUAAUGUUUUAAAUAACAUAGACAUGAUAUAAAUAUAUAUAAGUUUCUGCCGUA